AUGUCCAAGCGACCAAUAGUGUCCUACGACGACAUUGUCCCUACAAACUCCCCGCAUGCAGGCCCAUCGGUAACACCGCAGCAACAAGAAAGGUCUUCAGCUGGGCCAUAUCCUAAGAAGAGGAAGCGGUCUAAUCCGCGCAAUGGCCGCCAAUACGGAAGGGGCGCAGAGCCUCAGCGUCAUGUCCAGCAUUGGGACGAUCCAGGGAGCGCCGUGCAGCCGAUGCCAUACGACGAUGAAUCAUCUAUAUCCAUGACCACUCAAGUCAUACUUGAGCCGGAGGACGAGGGACAGGAAGAAGCGAAUGAAGAAGAGGAAGGAGAGGAGAGCAGGGAGUUGACACACGACGAGAUCUGGGAUGAUUCGGCGUUGAUCGAGGCAUGGGAGUCAGCGGCAGCAGAAUACGAAGCAUUCCAUGGCACGGAUCAGUCGUGGAAAAAUGAACCGGUGAAAAAAUCUCCUCUAUGGUAUAAUAUCCCACCGCCCCCCUCAAAGCUUAAAAAAUCCCCUCAGAAGUCAGAGACCAACGUCGCUCCAGGAGUGGAUGCCGAUGACUCGCAACCCAUCAACUUUGAGGGCUUUGUUCCCCAUCAUGACGCGUCGCUGACCUCUUCCUCUGCGAUCAUACCACGCGUCCCCAGCAUUGAUGGUCAUCAAUUAGCGACAGCGCCUGAAGGUUUCGUGAGCCAAGACGAGGCGUUUAACCGUGCGCUAGGUGCAAUGUACUGGGCAGGCUAUUGGACUGCCGUCUAUCAUGGCCAUAAGAAGCAGCCAGGAGCAUCAGCUCCUUCCAAUGAAGGUGAGGAAGAGGACAAAGAUCAAGAACCGGGCGAAGCAGACGACGUAGACGACGCGACUGUUGAAGAGGAAUUGAUCUCGACGCAACGAUAG